CAAAAAAAAAAAAACGCAAAUCAGGGUAGCUAGAGGUAGGUUGUGCGCCGAUAAAUUGUCUGCAGCGACUGCAAGAAUUGCAGGUACGAGGACCGCAGUACUCCCAGAGAGAACAGGAGCUCCAGACACUCAGCUAUGGAGCGUGAAGUCGGCGUGAAUAAUGUUAAAAUUGCCGUAAUCGGAGGAGGCUUGGUUGGUGCAUUAAAUGCCUGCUUCUUUGCAAAGAGAGGUUUCCAAGUGGAGCUGUAUGAAUCAAGAGAAGAUAUACGAAGGGCCACAGUUGUGAAAGGGAGGAGUAUAAACCUGGCCCUUUCACACAGAGGCCGUCAAGCCCUGAAAGCUGUUGGGAUGGAAGAUAAGAUUGUCUCUAAAGGCAUCCCCAUGCAUGCUAGGAUGAUCCAUUCUCCUUCAGGGAAAAGGUCCCCAAUCCCCUAUGGCAAAAAAGGACAGUAUAUCCUGUCUGUUGAUAGAGCCAACCUUAACAAAGAGCUUUUAUCUGCUGCUGAAACAUACCCCAGUGCAAAGAUGAACUUUGAACACAAACUGAUAGAUUGGAAUUUGGAGUCUGGUUCAAUGACAUUCCUCAGGAAAGAUGGGUCAACCAAAGUGACUACAUGUGAUCUCACAGUUGGGUGUGAUGGUGCCUUCUCUGCUGUCAGAAAGCGUUUCAUGAGGCAAAGCCGCUUCAACUACAGUCAGACAUACAUUCCACAUGGUUAUAUGGAACUCACAAUACCUCCAAAACAUGGGGAUUUUGCCAUGGAACCGAAUUUUCUCCACAUUUGGCCAAGAAACACUUUCAUGAUGAUUGCUCUGCCCAAUUUAGACAUGACCUUUACCUGCACCCUUUUCAUGCCGUUUGAGGACUUUGAGAAGAUUACCACUGGGGACGAAGUGCUGGAAUUCUUUCAGAGAUACUUUCCUGAUUCCAUUCCACUCUUUGGAGGAGAGGCAUUGAAGCAGGAUUACUUCCGCUUGCCAGCCCAAGCUAUGGUGUCAGUGAAGUGUUCCCCAUACCAUAUUGGAACCACAUGUGUGCUAAUGGGAGAUGCAGCGCAUGCUGUUGUUCCCUUUUAUGGGCAAGGCAUGAACGCAGGCUUUGAAGAUUGUAUUGUUUUUGACGAAUUGUUGGACCAGUAUAACUGUGACUUUAGUAUCUGCCUUCCUGAGUUUACAAGACUGAGGGUCCCGGAUGACCAUGCUAUAGCUGACCUGGCCAUGUACAACUAUAUUGAGAUGCGUGCACACGUCAACUCCAAAUGGUUCCUGUUCCGGAAGCAUCUUGACAUGAUUCUUCACUACAUGAUGCCGAACACGAUUAUCCCUUUAUACACCAUGGUUACAUUUACAAGAACCCGGUACCAUGAGAUAGUAAAGAGAUGGCAGUGGCAGAACAAGGUCAUUAACCGAGGACUUUUUCUUUGUGGGGUGUCUUUGGUUGUAGGUAGCACUUACCUGCUCAUUAAACACCCCCCUUGUACACCAAGCAUUCAGCUGGACCGACUGUGGAACUGGGCCUUGAGUCUGAAGUAACAGAUUUACAAACAGAUUGUCACUGAUGUGCUGUACUCACUAUUCUUAAAUGGAACCUUGGACUUUUACCCAAAUGUUUCAUUGGUCACUUGGCCGUCUAAAAAUCAAUAUUGCCUGAAAAAGUGGUCAAUAUUGCACGUAUUGGGCACUAUUGAACGUGAUUACAUCAUCACACUGUCUCCUAAACCAAUCUCCAGAACGUUCUGGGAAGUCUCCCUCACACAGAGAAAACACCUGCUGUACUCUUCUUCAUUUGUGCAGAGAUAGUUACUGGUUCAUUGAGAAAUAUACAACAUAUCUUCAUCAAUUAAAAGGAAAUAAGAACACCUUCCCUGUUUCUGUUCCUACCAGCAUUAUCAUUGUUUCUUUCCUUCCCAAUCCCCCCCAUGAGUGUCUCACAGCCGCUGCUGAAGUAAAUAACAUGUCAACAAAAAUUGAAUAAAUUGAAACCUUUCCAAUACUUCAAA